AAAAGUUUUCCAUGGGAAGUAGGUUCCCAUAAAUCAAAGAAAUUGGUCUUUUCCAAGGUUUGGUUGAUUGGAAUUUGUUUUCCAAUGGAAGUAUAGUUCUGCAUUUCUCAGGAAAACAAAAUCUGUGGGGAAAGGUGGUUUUUUUUUUUCCGUUGCAGGUGGGAAGAAAAAUUCUGGUUUUAGGACUAAUUUACCCAUGUACUUCUCUCUUAAUUACAUACAUAUAAAUGGCAAAUCUAGGGUUAUUUCUUGCUCCCUUCUACCGUUUCCUCAUUCUCUUUUCUUUCGGCCGUUUAUUGCUUUCUUCUCUGUUCUUCCCAUCGGUGCCUUCUUCUUUCUUCUCGCGUCUUUCUUCCUCUUUUAUCAACACCAUAGUCCAUAGUUCAAGCACUAUAGCCAUUUUACCGUAGCAAGAGCCUUGGUGUUUUUGGUUAAUUAAAAGCCAACGUCUGAAAGAAGGAAGGGAUAAAAGCUAAUUUGCAGUAUUGUUAGGAAAUCUGCAGUAGUGUACAUACUGUACGUAAUCUAUGCAUCUUGCUUCAUACUAUUUUAUUUGGCCUAAUUAUGCACAAAAUACCAAUCCAAUCAUGUUUUUUUCCUAAUUAAUGCAGUCAUGGCUCGUUUGGGUAUAACUAGAAUUGCUGAAAGAAGAAAAAGGAUUGUGGCUGCUUUGACUGUUUUUUUAGAGAUGUAUACUGCUGUUAGUGCUUUAGUACUUUUAAUGGCAUCAACAACAUCUCUCAAUAGUUAUAGGCCAAGCAUUAAGCACUAUUCUCUUGAUAGUUAUUACAAAAGAGAGUACGUUCAACGAAUUUUGAAUAAUAACGAGUUAUGCAUUUCACUACUUAGGAUGAAUUUGCAAACUUUUUCCAAACUAUGUGAAAUGCUAGAGAGUUUAGGAGGAUUAAAACCAACAAGGAACAUGACUAUUGGGGAACAAGUAGUAAUCUUCUUACAUAUUCUUGCUCAUCAUGUUAAAAAUCGAGUCAUUCAAUACAAUUAUGGAAGGUCAGGUGAGAGUAUCAGUCGAGCGUUUCAUAAAGUCCUGAAUGCUAUAAUGCAUUUGCAAGGUCAUUUGUUUAGAACACCCGAACCCAUUUCGGCAAAUUGUACCGACAGUCGAUGGAAGUGGUUUAAGAAUUGUUUAGGUGCUUUAGAUGGGACCUUUAUCAAGGUUAAUGUGCCAAGUUCUGAUAAGCCUAGAUAUCGAACUCGUAAGGGAGACAUUGCAACAAAUGUUUUAGGUGUGUGCACUCCUGAUAUGCAAUUUGUAUAUGUUCUAAGUGGUUGGGAAGGAUCAGUGGCUGAUAGUCGAGUUCUUCGUGAUGCAAUUAGGAAAAGAAGUGACACAUGUGAACCUAUUACUGCAGAUUCUUUGCUUGGUGCUGCCAUGAUGUUGAGUGAGAAGUUGGAAUCGGUAGGAGACAAAAUAAGUAAAAGUCUUGGAACUGAAUUGACUCUUCAACAAAAAAUUGAGCAAUUAGAGGGUAAGUUGAGUGAGAUUGAGGGGCUGGAAUAUGAUGACAAGUUUAUGGCUUUGAUCAAGCUUCCUGAAUAUCCAAAUCAAAUGCUUGUAUUUUUUAGUCUUGCAGCGGACCAAAGGCUUGAAUGGGUGAAAAUGUUCCUUGCUACAUAUUGA